AUGAUUAAAUGUUAAAGUAUAAAAUUAAAAGAUUGUCAUUAUUCAUGCGGAACGUGUGGAGGAAUGGAAGAAUUAGAUUGCACUGAUUACAGAUAUUAAGUUGGAAAUACUUUUUUCUGUAAAGAAGGAUAUUAUGAUGCAGGAUUGCCUGUUUGUUAAAGUAUUAAUAGAUUCUAAUAGAUAGAAUGUAAUUAUAAAUGAAAAGGAUUGUAAAGCAAUCUGAAAGUUGUAAUUUUUAUCCGAUACAAUUUUAAUACUGUCAGAUAAUUUGUUUCAGGUUUAAAUAAAUUUAAAUGUCUCCAAAAAUAAUAAGAUGAUAGAUAGAAUCAAGUUUGCUUAGAUUAUUACAUUAUUAAUCAUUAAAGAAUGCCAUUAUUAAGGUCUCUUUUGAAAUGA